UAGGUUGUAUUUUGAAUGCAAAAAAGAGCAUGUUAAGUGAACAAGCCGUCAAAUCAUGGCCUUUAGAAAAAUAUGCAAAGUUCGUAGCUCCGAAGGAAACAUCAUCAACUCACAAACAAGGAUACUGGAAGGUUUGUAUGCUCCGUAUUUUUAAAAGUAAGAAUUUGCUAUGCCGGCGGCGCGUAUGUGGCUGAAACAUAAAGAUACAGAAAUAAAGCCUGUUAAGUUACUAUUAAACUAGAUUUUAACGAUCUGAAGUGCCUAAACAAACCGAAAAUGACUUAACUCUUCCUCUUCCCUUUUCUUUCUCUAUUUUGCAGCAAUUUCCGCCGUCUUCAGACGGUUCUAGCUGUCUACAAGUGUCGCUGUUUUCGUCCAACAACAUGGUCGUGAGCGAUGGGAAAGUUAUACACGUUAGUUUUCCUUGCUGGCUUUAUGAUUCCCUCUAAUAAAACUACUUAGUAUCAGGGAUAAUUACAUGUACGCAACAAACUAGCAGAAAAAAUAAAAAUAAUAAAAAAUAAAAGUUUGCUCUAGACCACUGCAAACGCAUUCCUCAGCUGCUUCUGAACGUAGUUGUCAUAAUCACUCUUUGGAGAAUUUUGCCUCGCUUGUACUGUGUGCGUAUCUCCUGAUUCAUAGGUAAUAGGUUUGUAAGUAAUCGUACGAGUGAUCAACAAAAUCGGACUAUGAUUAAUAUAUUAAGCAUGACAUUAGAAUUUUAGGAAAUAUUCAAGUAAGGACUCGACAAUCGAGACUGAAGUCACUGAAAUAUGAAAUUCUCAGCUCCUUUUAAGUUCUGGUGUUACAAUUGUAUUCCUUUCUAAUAACAUAAAUAAUAGCAAUAAUAAUAAACGAUGAAGCUGUACGGUAUUAUUUAACAAGCAAUGUUUCCUUUGUUUAUAGGAAAGUUUUUCUUUGUUUAAUGCUAAGAAGUGGCUGCAAGCAGUGGUUAAAGGAGACAGUAUGCUGAUCAUUUACAAAAUCAAUGUAAGUUUGAAUUGGAAUAUAGCAUAGUUUAAAAAGUGAUUAAGUGUAUGGAAAUGAAGACUAAAAGCUUUCCCUGUUGUUUCCCUGUUGUAUGUUUGUAUUCGAUUUUUGCCCCUGACCGGGUAUACUGUGCAUCAGCUUUCAUUGACUUGCACCAUGUUGGACAAACUAACCAGUGGCAACAUUCCCACCUUGUAUGAAAUGGAAAAACUAAACAGAGAUUGUACUCCUUCGGAGAGAGACACAAACCGCUUGUUCAUUCGUUUUCGCUUUUGACUUUUCAAAUCCAGUCACUGUCUCUACUAACUCUGAUCAGGUUGUUUAAGAAGCUCACGGUAAGGUAAUUUCUUUAUUACACACUUAUCAAGAUGGCUCCUUAAAGAUCCUUUGACCUCAUCAUUGGGUACAUUCGUUUUCGCCUUUGACUUUCGCCUGCUUUCAACACCAGUCACUGCCUUUUACUUUUAACUCAAUGUACAUAAGAGGUGCUCGAUCAGUACCGUACGGUAAUUUCUUUAUUACUACCACUUUGAACAGAAGAGAACAACUUUCUUUUUCUUUUCCUGAACUUCGAUACGGUCUUUUACACAAAAAAUUGCCAACAUUUGACGAACUAAAGGAGAUGGAAUAAGCGUGAUAAAGUUUGAAGCAGCGCGAAUUCACUUUUUAACUGACGUUUUCGUACCCGUCGCAGUUAUUGUUGCUUAAGCUCCCCUUUGUUGCGCUAUGCUUCGGGAAUCACGCAACAAAAGAAAUGUUAGGAGUCGUUAGCUCAAAAGUUUGACCAGUUUCAAACUUUGCCCAACAGCUGCCUCGUACCCAGACGUCUCUCUUUUGAUGAAAAUGUGCGCGCAACGGAGGGCGAGAAGGAGACAACGGGCUUCACCUGCCGUCUGUACCCUUCCCAUGGCUCCUUGCGAUUCAUCACCAGUCACUCGUUUCGCGCUCGCCUCUGCCGUGCAAAAAACGGAGCGCCUGAGGAGGAGGCUGGACCAACAGCAUGCAACAACAAGCGGGUUUUAACGGUGUUUUUCUGAGUGAUAAUAUAAAACUUAUCUGGUUCAAGUAUUGCUCUCUUUCUCUCUCCACAGAAUGACAGUAGGAGGUUCAGGAUAAAAUUCGGCAAAAGCAGUAAUCGCUCGGCAAUAGAACAUUGCCGCCAGUUCGUUUCAGAGAUCUCUUCCCAAAUUUCCGUGCGUGAGAUAUCCACGGAGGCCUGUGUCGAAUCUGAUUCUCAGGUUCAAAUGGAGGACUCUCAGUUAAUCUCGCCCGAAUCACAGCAUGCACCUGCUAGUAAAGAUGCUACAGCUGGCGCUGAGGCGAGAGGAUUAACUCUUCCCGACUUAGCCAACAAGGUAGGUUAUGUCUAAAAUUAUCAUUGUCACUGUUGGCAGUAAGUAAAGGAUUUUUUGCUUUAACGGGGGUGAUUAUCAGUGGACUAAUAGAAGUUUGACGGAGUGAUCAGCGCGUCGGACUCGCAACCCGAUGGUCCCGGGUUCGAAUCCCGGUCUUACCACUGUUUAAGGUGGGAUGAGUAGUUGGUUUGCAGUCGUUUUAAAAUGUACUGCCGGAGAUUACAGUUUCAAGUGCUUGAAAAUUCGGCCCACAUCAGAUCAUUCUGGCCUUAGAAAAAUGUUCUAAUUUAGUCUAAUCCUAACGAGACGGGCUUGCUAGGUUAACGAGGUUGAAUAUUACGAGAAAGCACACAAGUGGUAUAAAAUUUCAUGACAUGAUUAAGAAAGGGUACACAAACAAAAAGGAGUCAAAAUGCCCAUAUAGCUUUUAUCCAAGGGUUUCAUAAGUGAAUUUUAGGGCUUGUAUGUAACCAAUUACCCUUCUCAACCCAAGAGACCUUUAUGGUCUCCUCCUCUUCCUCUAGCUAGUUCUCUCUCUUAUGUAAAGCGAGUGAAAUCUUCAUGUAUAUACUUGAUGUGAACACUAUACAUACCGUAUGAAUUGGUGUUGCAGAUCUCGUCCUCCGAGUCCGUUUCCGAUGUCUCUCAGCCCAUCGGACAAAUGAGUGUACCACAGGACAGACUAAGCCUGCUAGUAAGACUGUGUUUAACUGACAGUAACUUCCCUGCUUUCGUAGAAGCCGUUGAAAAGGAACUACAAAGCUUGACGCCAUCUCAUGAAUAAAGAUUAAGGCGCUGCGUCUGUCCCGUGCUGCUAUAAUGUUAAGGCGCUUUUAAGCUUGAAAAAUCCUCAUUUGAAAUAUGAAAAUCAAAGGGCCGAUUAUUUUAGUGAACGUCAGACCCGUCUACGAACUUAAUGCCACACAGUGAGUAACAACAAUAGAUUCUGAGCAUUACUCCAUCAGUCGUUAUAGUUGUUACACGUGAAGUUCGUUUGUCCAGUUUC